AUGAAUUUGGAAGGCAAUGAAGGUUUGGAAUAUGCUGCCAUGGAAACAGAGGCAAAUGCUCUUCGUCGCAGUGGGUGGUGGCCUGACUUCCUUAAAAACAACGGUUCUUUAGCACAUUGCAUGUGGCCUGGCAUUUCAUGCGAUGAUUCUGGAAGCAUUGUCAAUAUAAACAUAACACAACAAGGCCAAUAUGGCUACGAUUUAGAAUGGGAUUUCAGCAGCAUGGAUUUCUCUCUGCUCUCAAAUCUGGUCUUUCUUGGACUGCAUGAUAGUUACUUGACUAAUAUCUUUCCCCUUCAAAUAUGUGCACUCCCAAAGCUCAGGCACCUCAACUUGUCUCACAAUUACAUAACUGGUGAGUUCCCUCUUUGUCUCCAAUACCUCACCACGUUGGAAGUAAUUGACAUUCAUAGUAAUAGAAUCGAUGGUCCUAUCCCUCCCGAAUUGGGAAAUCUAAAGAGUUUGAUCCACCUGGAUCUGAGUCUCAAUAUGCUUUGGGGGACAAUCCCUCCGACUCUUGGUCAUAUAGAUUACAUUGACUUGUCGUAUAAUGAUCUCACGGGAAAAAUGCCAAAAAAUCUGGCCCAUGUUCCUUAUGGAUCUUUCGUAGGCAAUGAAGGUUUGCAAACGAUUGAUGGUUCGAGAAGAAUGUCGAGGGUUGAUGGUUCCAAAAGAAAGUCGAGGGCUGUACUUAUGGUGGUACUUAUACCAGUGAUGGUUAUAUCAUUCAUUUUCUGUUUGGUUUUGGGGAAUUUGAUCAUAUUUCGGCGUAGAAUGAAGAGCAUGCAAUCAGAGACAGUAGAAAAAAAUGGAGAUUUCUUGUCAAUAUGGAAUUAUGAUGGGAGAAUUGCAUAUGAAGAUAUAAUCAAUGCAACGGAAGACUUUGACAUCAAAUAUUGCAUUGGAACUGGUGGAUACGGUAGUGUCUAUAGAGCACAACUACCCAAUGGGAAAAUCUUUGCAUUGAAAAAACUUCACCGUCUUGAAACAGAGGAUCCAUCUUUGGACAAGAGCUUCCGAAAUGAAGUGAGGCACUUAACAGAAGUACGACAUAGAAGCAUAAUUAAGCUCCAUGGUUUUUGCUUACACAAGCGAUGCAUGUUCUUGAUUUAUGAGUACAUGGAAAGGGGAAGUCUAUUCUGUGUUUUGAGAGGUGACGUUGAAGCGGUGGACCUAGACUGGUCUAAAAGACUCCAGAUUGUCCGGGAUAUGGCGCAUGCUUUGUCUUACAUGCACCAUGAUUGUGCUCGGCCAAUUGUUCAUCGAGACAUAUCUAGCAACAAUGUUUUGCUCAACAACAAAAUGCAGGCAUUCCUAUCGAUUUUCGGCACAGCAAGACUAGUAGAACCUAAUUUCUCAUCUAAUCUCAUUGCAAAUAUCGCAGGUACUCGUGGAUAUAUAGCACCAGAGCUCGCUUACACUUUGGUCAUCAAUGAGAAAUGCGACGUAUAUAGCUUUGGAAUGGUAGCAAUGGAAACAAUAAUGGGUGAGCAUCCAGGUGAGAUCAUCUUAAUGUUGCCGACACUCGUCACAGAAGAUGUUAUGCUACACCAAAUAUUGGACCCGCGCUUGCUAAUCCCAAGAGAGAAUUCCGUCGCAAGAAGUAUCGUUCUAGUAGUUUCUUUGGCGCUUGCUUGCUUGAGUAGUGAUCCAAAGUCACGGCCCACGAUGAAACAAGUUUCGGAAGCUUUUCUAGCUCCAAAACUAGUGUUGGCCAAGCCCUUCCAUUCAAUCUCACUCGCUCAGCUCCAGGGAAAUAAUCGAGGAGUUUGGUGCGAAGGUGGAUCAACGGAAAAUUCGUCAGGCCAGCAAGAAGAGCAGUCGGUUGAUAAAAUGAUGAUGCAAAUUGGUGAACGUGGUUGA